AUGUCUUCAAUAUCUCCAGACUCGCAUAUCCUGACCUCGACGAUGCAACCCAUUUCCUUCGGAGAGCCGACCGAGACAGAUUCUUUUGUGCUCACAACCCCAUCUUCAACCACUUCUACCACACAUCUAGGGACCACAGCUGGGAGCGCAUACCUUGGAAAUGGAUCGCAGACUAUUGUAUCGAGCUCUGCGGUGACCUCAUUUUUCACGACAGGGGGAUACCUCAAUCUGGGAUCGACGACCUCAACGCUUCCUGAUCCUGGCCAUCUCGAAACGGGAAAAAUUGCGGAUUCACCGACACCCACGUCUCGGGUUCGAGAAACCGAGGAUGGGGGCCAUGAAAUCACGCUCCCGGGCAUGACAAGUGUAUAUCAAUCAACUCAAACCUUGUCUCCAGAAGUUCAUCAAGAUGAUAUAACGGUCAUUCGACAGACUGAGACGUGGCCCUCAAGCAAAGCAACACUCGAGCGUACUAUGACUGACUCGAGUGGCCGUACUGUGGUUCAGACCGUGACUACGAACAUUCCAGGCGAGACGAGCGUUCUUGAGACUCUUUUGACGAUGAGGCCGGGAGAAACUCUGGUGGCCAUCCCAAAGGUGAUUUCAACUAUACGCGGGGGCAUAACUCAAAUCAUACAGGCGACGUAUGUCGAUGCUGAGGGUCACACAACUACUUCAUCGUACGAGUCCAUCAUAGGCGGUCAAAGUGGGCUUGUUACCCGCACUUAUUUCGUCGCCACAUCACUUCCGCCAGGAUACAAAGUGAUCACAAUGCCGACUUAUGUUCCGACAACAGAAGGAGGAACGAUAGAAGCUCUGCAGACAACAUACAUCGACGGUGAGGGACACCUCAGAACGUCUUCGUACACAAGAACGAUCCACGGAACGCCCACUCUGAAAACAGUACCCAUCGUCUUAGCGACCCCGGUUCAAUCAGGGGACAGACUCACAACUCUGUCCACGGUGAUUCCCACGACUAUAGGCGGAUCGACCGAGGUCAUCGAAACAACGUUUACAAACAGCGAAGGCCAAUUGACAACAUCCUCAUAUACAACUGUCCGAGGUGGCACGCCAGCAUCCACCACUGUUUUGACUGUCAUCGCCACACCGGCUUCAACAAGCUCCGCCACUUCGAAUGGCACACAAAAUACGGGCAAUGUCAAUGUGAUAGUCUACGGACUCGGGCUGAAAGAGUACAUGCUCGGUGCUUUUCUUCCAACAAUACUGGCCGCGAUAAUUGCGUAUCCUUUCAAACUCAUAAACAUCAACGCUAGGUUGAUGCAGCCAUUCCAUACGCUGGCAACAGCAAGCUCGCUCGGAGGGGCAUCUCCAGAAUCAUCGAUCUUCCUGCGGUUCUACAACUGGUCGGGCGCGCUGUCAUUGCCUCGUUCGAUCAAAUUCAGGCAACCAAUCAUCGUGAUCUCGGAUCUACUAGUAUUUGGCGCGGCGUUGCUCGCGCCCAUUGCAGCCGAAACAGUGUCUGUUCGCGUUCCAGACGGGUGCGACCUGGGUUGCUUUGGCAGCCUUGGAGUGACGACAAUUCCCGGUCGAUUUCUGGAGGCUUUGAUGGCUAUCAUGAUGGCUCUCCUGAUGGCUCUGAUCAUCCUCCUUAAUGUUUUCCAGUGGAAGACCGGUGUAAGCCACAAUCCAUGGAGCAUAGCGGGCAUGGCGAGUCUUAGUCUAAACCUUAAGAUGAGGGACAGCAUCCAGAAAAUGGCCCAAGAUACGCAUGGAUUUCCAAAAGAAGACCAAAUUCUCGAGUCCCUCGCUGAAAGCAAAUACGCUCUCGAUGGAUUCUGCGUAUCAUCUAAUCCCCGCUCUGUCAGCACCCGGGGGUAUGGAAUAAUUGUUAGGACGAACAAAGACGAUACCAAAAGUCUGGUGAAGAGCGACGUAUCUACGCAAAGAGAAAAACUUGACCGAAGACCUUUGAAGAAGAAUACUCAGCCAUUUGUAUUAUUGACUUGGUGGGGACGCUGUUGUCUCCUCUUCGUCUUCGCGUGCGUCUUUAUCAUUUUGACGUACUACGAGAACACCUCAAUCAGCAGCGGUUUCGAGCGAUUCAUGGACAGCCGUGGCUUUGGUGUACGCUUUUUCUUCACUGCUCUCGGUGUAAUUUUUGGCGCGUGCAUGGAGACGUUCUUUCGAUCCGUGGCCAUCAUUUCGCCGUACCAACAACUCUCCAAGCAACAACUCCCCGCCGAACGCUCUAUCCUGCUCUCACCUCCGACGAAUGCUUUCUACGGGAUGUACUCUGCUUUCCAACAAAGAUCUCCCUUCCUCGGGGCUGUCUCUUUCACGACCGUUCUUGCCGAGCUCUUCCUUCCCGUCACUCUGUCACAUGUGCCUUUCAGUCAUCUCGAUACUUACGAAACACAGCUCGUGUGCGCAUGGUUCAGCAUAACAAUUCUUGCACUUAUGAUACUCGUCAUAGUGUACUCUUUUUUUAUACAGUGGCCACAUAUGCCUGUUGAUCCGAGAACGAUCGUGGGGGCUAUGUUCUAUGUGUCUGACUCAUGGAUGUUGAGCACAAUGGAGGGCAUGUCAACUCUUCGGAAGAAAGAUAGGGAUCGUAUUAUGCGCGCCCAGCGAUUCAGAUACGGAUUUGGGUACGCCGAAGGAACCAGCGGAAAUGGAAGAACAGGUUUAAAUAUUUGCGGUGAGGUGGGGGAAGCAGCUGUGAUGAUACGCGACGAAAAGUCGCGUUAUGGCUGA